GCAUAGUGUACAUUAACAACAACGGACGAGCGUAUGCAGGAACCUGGAGUUCAGGAGUUCUAGAACGUCUCCUACAAUGCACUUGGGAAAGUCAUCAGAUUAUUACACCUGAGAGUUUUUUCAAAAGUGGAUGAGAAAAAUUGAUUUUACCACUAAAAUAUUCGAGCAUUAUAAAAAUGUAUACGAAUCUUAAAAUUUCCAUAAUAGGAAAAUCGUGAAUUCGGCAUCGAUGUGUUGUCAAAGAUGGAACUCGGAUGGACCCAUGUCGAUCCCUCGCAAGCUGAGGUCCCAGCUGGGCCAACGACCCCUGUUGAGUUUGUUGUUGUUGGAUACUUGUUACUGGGUCCGAGAAAAUAAUAAUCCUUUUCAAGUCCCAUCCAAAAAAAAUAAAAAAAAAUCCCUUUUCUUAUGUAUUAAACAGCUUUAUUUACGGAAUAAUACUCGUCGGGUAGUACAAGGCCGGCGUCCAAGGCGGCCGUUCAUUUAAUCUAAUUAUCUCCGUUGCACGGCUUCGAAAAACGUGUAACUCUAUCUGCGAAUUAUCGUCGAUCCAGAUGUUUAAGGACAGCUGACGUUACGUACAUACUUGGCCAGAGGACCUAGGUAUUAGCAGAAGAAGAAAGGAAUUCCCUUAUAAUUACCAAUAUCCAAGACGGUGAAGCCUCAUACGCACCCAACCCGACAAUGCACCUCUCCAACGCAAUGCUCAGCCGCCUCCCGCCCUCGCUCCUCGUUCUUCUUACCGUCGCAACCCAGCUCCGCGCGCAGCAACAGCAGCAUCCGACAGCGAUCCGGAAGAUGUCGCUAGACGAAGGCGAAAUGUUUUUACCAGAGUACUACGCCUUCGCACCAGCACAACUACAGCCCCGCGACGAAGGAGAAGAAGCAGAGCUCCUCCUUGCCGGAAACAGCUCCGCCGCGAUCCCGUUCCGUCCGCCGUACCCGCUACACUACGAUUACCAUAGAGCCGGGACAAGAGGAAGAGUAGAAGGGAAAGAAAAUGGAGACUCAGGACCGUCUCUGUAUAAACGCGCGCGCGACGUCCUAGCCAAGCUGCAAGGCCGCCAGUUCGCGUGUCCUGAUAACACUAAUAGCUGCGAGAACAUCGACCAGCCGAAUUACUGCUGCACCCAGGGGACCAAGUGCUUCGUCGUGACGAACGCCCCCGACGCCGGAAACGUAGGAUGUUGCCCGGACGGCCAGACAUGCGGCGUGACAGUGGGACAAUGCUCAGAUGGCUCCUCAGCCUGCCCAGCGGACCAAGGGGGCGGAUGCUGCAUCUCAGGGUUCGUAUGCGCUGACGUCGGAUGCGUCCACAGCACCGUCUCCGUCAUCACCCAAACAACCAUAAAAUCCACCACCGUAGCCGUGACCCCCUCCGCCUCAACGCAAGUCAUCACCGUAAUCGUAACCGUAACGCCUUCCGACGGCGGCGCCCCCGUCCUUAGUACCACGACGCGGACCACCACCGCGAGCGCGACUCCCACCUCCACCAGCUCCAUCACCGCAACAGGCGGUAUCCCGCCCUACCGACCCACAAGCGGUUCCUCCUCCUCCACCGCAACAGUAACCUCCCCUUCUCCCUCCGAAUCAACAUCCUACUGCCCAACUGGGUUCUACGCGUGCCUCGCCCGCGAAGGCGGCGGAUGCUGCCGCACCGGGCGCGACUGCAGCACGACAUCGUGUCCGGCGCCACCGCCCAUGACGACGAUAAUCUCCAGCGGAGUCACCAUCGCGGUCCCGGCAUCCGACGCGCAGGCAGCUGAGGGCGCACAGCCCACCGCGACAUGUGCUUUGGGGUGGUUUCUAUGCGGCGAAGACGCCGGGCCGGUCGCGGGAUGCUGUCCCUCGGGGUAUACCUGCGGCGCGGCAAGCUGCACGAUAUCGACGAACACGGCGACGGCGACGGUGCAGAAGGAGUUGCCGAAUGCGGCGUUGAGCAGUAAGAGUAGGGGUAGGAUUGUGGAUGUGCUGGCGUUAGCUUGGGUGGCAGGUGUGUCUGCUUUGGUUUUGAUAUAGGGUGAAUAGCCGGCCAAGACGAGACGACGAGGAAACUUGGGUAUGAAGCUGUAACAUGAGAUAUGACGGAUGAAUGAAAAAGAUGAUGUACCUAACCUAAACAAAGGGGUCCUGCAUAUAGAUCGACGGCGAGCGCAGCGUUGCGAAGCCAUUAUUUUGCAUUUUGCAUGGGGCGGAGUUGGUAGCAUGUUUUACUAUUAGACAUGAACUAUUUAUUGCUUCGAUUUGAUUUUUUGCAUUAAAUUUGCGCUCUAUCACGCCGUCGUAGUUAUCAAAAAAGCUCAAUAUAAAAUAGAAAUGCUAGUUACCAAUCCUGCUA